GGUAAUUCUUGACAUUUGUGUUAUUGAAAAUGAAAAGUAACCAAAAAAAGAUUAAUGUCAAGUUGAAAUGAUUUUAAUGAGAUAUAAUUGCGAGGAAUGAGUUUGUUAUGAUUUUAAAAGAAAAAAAUGUGUUGCUCUGUAAAGCCGCUGUUGAUUCGGAUGGUGAACCAGAUUUAUAUGAAGAAGAUUUGCAGAAUAAUGGAUAUUCGGUUACUGUAAUACCUGCUAUCGAUUUUAAAUACCAUACAAAUGCUGAAAAUACACUUGAUAAUUCUGAAAAUUAUUCAGGAAUCGUAUUUACUAGUCCUAGAUCUGUUAUAGGGUUCAGCCAGGCAAUCAACAGUAAUUUAACAUGGUUUAAUAAUAGUAAUUUGCAAAUAUAUGUUGUUGGUCGUGGUACUUCCCUAUUAGUAGAAAAAAAAUUUAAACUUAAAUCUGUAGGUGAAGAAUGUGGUAACGCUAACAUUUUAGCAGAUUUAAUCAUAUCACACAAACAAAAUCAUGCAUUUGAAAAACCACUAUUAUUUCCAUGUGGUAACUUGAAAAUGGACAUUUUACCAAAUAAAUUGGAGAAGGAAAAUAUACCAUUAGCCCCAUUUGAAGUAUAUGAAACUAUACCAAAUGUGCACUUUGAAGAAAAAUUUUCAAAACUGACUAAAUUCGGGACUGAAUGCCCAGAAUUUAUAGUAUUUUUUAGUCCUUCUGGGAUUGCAGCAUCUAUACCACUUUUUGAAAAGUUUCAUAUUGAUAUGGAAAAAAUAAAAUUUGUUGCUAUUGGGCCAACAACUGAAAAAGCAAUGAUAGACAAGAAUAUCAAUGUGGCACAUGUGUCUAAGAAGCCCACACCUGAAGCUUUGACGGAAGCUAUUAAAUCCAUACAUGACUCUGCACAAAAUUAGUAACAAUUUCUAAUACUAAUA